GCAAUUAAUGAGCUUGAUAGAAAACGAUGUCGUUCUGUGCUUCUUCCCUUCUCUCUCACUCUCAUCAUCUUGUCAUUACUCCGUCGAGCAAUUCCCGUCACCGGCGACUCACCAGACGCCACGUCAUCCGUCCCUGCUUGAGGAUGUCGCUGAACAACAACGAUAAUAACAAGAACUUCAAUUCUUCUUCAUUGCUGAAUGCGGUGACCAAACUACUAUGGGGGCAGUCGUUACCGCCGGGGCUCCUCGUCGCCACCGUGCGCACCGCCUGGAACUCCACGUGGCGUCUCAUGAUGUCCCAGCUCGCUCCCUCCGACUCCUCCGGAGGUUAUUCCAGGCCCGCUUCUAAAUUCCGAAUAUCGGGGCUGUCGCCUCCCCGUAGCCUCCACCUCUACGUGGGCCUGCCGUGCCCGUGGGCCCACCGUACUAUGAUAGUGCGGGCGCUGAAGGGCCUGGAAGAGGCCGUGCCGGUCUCGGUUGCGUCCCCGGGCCUGGACGGGUCGUGGGAAUUCAAGCGGGUCGGUGGUGCGGGUGCGAGUGGGAUUAGUCCGAGUUUGGAUAAGGCGAAUGGAUGCAAGACAUUGAAGGAAGUUUAUGGGCUUAGAAGAGGUGGGUACGAUGGAAGGUCCACGGUGCCCAUGUUGUGGGACAACGAUUCAAAGGAUGUUAUCUGCAACGAGAGCUACGAUAUAAUUCAAUUGUUCAAUUCCGGGUUAAAUGAGUUAGCCCAAAACCCAGUUUUGGAUCUCUCACCCCCUGAAUUGAAGGAAAAGAUUGAGGAAUGGUAUCAAGUUAUAUACCAAAAUGUCAACAACGGGGUAUAUAGGUGUGGGUUUGCGCAGAGCCAAGAAGCUUAUGAUAAAGCGGUGAAUGACUUGUUCUGUACACUUGACAAAUUAGAGGAUCACUUGGGGAAUUCCCGCUAUUUAUGUGGACAUGCAUUGACCCUUGUAGAUAUAUGCCUAUUUACCACUCUAAUUCGGUUUGAUCUUGCCUAUAGCGUUCUUUUUAAAUGCACCAAGAAGAAGUUGUACGAGUAUUCCAAUCUACAUGCCUACAUGCGCGACAUUUAUCAGAUUCCCAAGGUUGCAGAUACUUGCAAUUUUACAGAAAUUAUGGAUGGUUACUACAAAAUCCUUUUCCCGCUCAAUCCAGGGUGCAUUAGACCGGUCAUGCCUUCUACUUCUGAGCAUGAAAUCCUUUGUAGGCCGCAUGGAAGGGAAUCCCUGUCAACGGCUUCAUCGGUAAUUGUAAAUUACUGAACCACACCUCCCGGUGCAAAGUAAAGUCCGUCGUCAUUAGUUGGUUCUGUUUGUAAUAGUGAAACAAUAUACUACCUCCAUCUUUUACAGUCAUUACAUAAAAUUUAAAAAUACAUUUAUCUUGUUUUCAUUAAAAGCAUUAUGAAAUUUCUUAUUAUACUUAUU